UAGGACCAACUUCUGCCGACGGCUAUCCCACUACGGGGAAGGUAGACACAACGAGAAGCGAGUGGGAGAGAGCGAAAAAGGAAUAGUGCGAAGCAGUCAAGCAAAGAGAGUUGGAAAGAGUGCGAUGCGUUGCAAUAAUACACGGGUGCGGAUCAAGAUGGAAGAUUGUUUGUGCAAUUGAAGCACCACCAGCAGCCGAUGUGUGUAUGACGGUGUGUGUGUGUGUGUAUGAGACGUAUGUGCGUAUGUAUGCGUGUGUUGCGGUGCGUUUGACAUCGAACGAAAAAAAAGUGCAUCGAAAAAUCGCAGCAGCAUCUUCGUUGAAAACGCAGCAGGCAGAGCGCGCCCUCCUAUCCCCUGUAGUGGUUGGAUGAGGACCAGGCUUGGAGCGACAACGGUGUGGGAAGCCACGCAGUCCUCGCCUCUCCUGCCGUCGCCCGUGGUUGCGCUGUACAGCGUUCGACAUCAUAAAAGAGAGACGGUGUAAACGGCGUAGAGGCAGCAAAGAAGAGAAAAAAGGUUGAGAAAAGUACCUUCUCGCACAGCGCCAUCAUUGUCCACCCUCAUACGUAGUGUGUAAUUGUGUCGCGAAGUAGUAGCAGCAGCAGUUGCGGUUGGAAUCGGCGGCAUAUGGCAGCCAUCAAUCCCUAUUGAUUGUGCAUAACACGCUGUCGUUGCGCACCGUUCCACAAUAAAAACACAACCAAAAAAGCAGAAAACGAUGGCAUAAUGCAUCCCGAGGAGCUGAAAUCGAAAGCAUUCGUACUGGAACCUCAGGUGCAGCAGGACAGUGGUUUUGUCGGAACGGGACAGGUGCCAUAUCUCAACCACCAGCAGCAACAACUGUUCCAGCAGCAGCAGCAGCAGCAGCAGGUCUUUCAGGAACAACAGCAUCUAUUACCGCAGUAUCACCAACAGCAGCAGCAGCAGCAGCAGCAGCAUUACCAUCAUCAACAACAACAGCAACAACAGUAUCAACAGCAGCAGCAACAUUUCACCCGACAGACAGCGACUUCCUGCAUGCAGGACAAGUACAGCGGUGGCAACGCACUACGUGGACAGCUCCCGAUGGAAUGGGGUGACGGUCUGGCAACAGAUCGCGUUAUUGCCGGCGGUGGUGGUGUCACUGCCGGCACAUCGAUGACACCUGGCCUUGGGCAUCAUCACCACGGGGCCCAGAAUCCGCUGCAGAGCACGGCGGACGUUGUUGUCGGACCGAACGCGUUUGUUUCGCACGGGUACGGGAAUGAGACGGCGACGCAGGGCCACCAGCGCCGGAUGAUGCCGUCGGUCGGUGUGAAUCAGUACGCCGGCAACCGUGGUGUGGAUGCAUCCGGUGCGAGCACUUCCGGGGCUUCCUACUUUCACGAUCAGCUCGGUACGCAUGCCCAGUCCGUGGUUGGUACAGCGAUGGGACACUUUGUCGGUGUGGACACAACAAACGCAGGCGGCUACGGAACCGGAGGUGUAGUAUCGGGUGGUAUCGUACAGGGUGGAGGUCGUACAGUGGGCCCAAUGGUGGCUAGCCCGAAUGCUGCCUCACCGCCGGGAGUUCCUGGAAUGGGUGGUGGUAAUGCCUACGGUCAUACAGCAGGCACACCGACACAUGUAGCUGCUUACAUGCAGCAAGGUUCCCCCAGUGGUAUGCAACGGAUGAACGACAUGGGCACGAUGCAAACAUCCGUCGGUUCGGCCGGUUCGAUUGUUGCCCAGCAACAACAGCAACAGAUGGUACCGGAACAUCGCCGGGCGCAGUUGCCGAUGCAUGCAGACUUCGGGUCCAGUGCGUCUCGAUCACCUUUCCAGGCGGCAGUGUCACUCCCGUCCUCGAGCCCCUGCAUGGUGGAUGCGACCGGAGCAGGUGCACAAAUUGCCGCCUGUUCGAAACCUUCCGAUAUGGUCAUGAACAAUGAUCCGCUGAAGGUGGCUAAUCAGAUGCCUGUUAUCACCCAGCAGCAAACGAGAGCAUCACAAAUGUACGGUCUACAGGGUGCUGGUCCGAUGGAGGUUUCGUUGGAGUCGGAGUUCACCUUCCCUGGGGUUGAUCAAAGCACAGUAGAUAGCGUACAGCAGCAGCAGCAGCAGCAGCAGCAACAAUCUCUUUCGUUAGGCCUCGGUGGUAAUGGUCCUGCACCGGUAACCCGAACGGAUCCUCCAAACGAACGCAUCACCCGCUCAGCAACAGCGAACAGCCGCGCCGCAGCCCGUCUGGCGGAGGAAGCUUCCGAAGAUUCGGAAGCCCUUGAAGAGGUGGUUCCAGCAGAUCCGCUUGCUACCAACGAUCUGAAUUCGGUGCUGGACGGAAAAAUGCUACAAGGAAACAGUUCGGCCAAGUCUACCAGCAGUAUGCUGUCACAAUCGGGUGGUAUUAACGAGGGACAGCUGACUCCGGCGACGGUGCUUGCACAAUCGUCCGACCAGCCACGGAAACGUUCCGUGAAGCAUGUGCGCUUCAUGGAACCGACCGAAGAGAACUCGUUCGAUGGAAUGCAAUCACAAUCACGGGCCAAUGUGGUUUCACCACAUCCACUCGGACUUGGUCACCGUGAUGAUGACGAGGGUGAGGAAGAGGAAGAAGAAGACGAUAUGGACGGACUGUCGUUGAUGCAGAACCUGCCACCGGUUGAGAGCCUGUUGGUGGAAAUGGACGAACCGCUGGAUGAUGAAGACAACGAUGACGAGGAGGUGGAAAUGGAAGAUGAUGACGAUAACGGUGGACGUCGUCGCAUGUCGGGACGCACGCUGGGAAAACUAGCCACACACCGUUCUCGCUCGAAGCACAGUGAAUCGAUCGAGCUCGAGCUGGAACCACUACUGCCGGAAAUUGAGAUGGGUGAAGGUGGCGGUACCGGCGAUGAAAAGGGCGACGACAACCGGAUUGCACCGGUAGCGCACGUCUGUCGGGUGUGUCUCUGCGACGAAAAGGCGGAGGGUGCCGAUGGUGAGCAACAGCGGCCAAUGGAAUCGCUCUACUGUACGGUCGUGCCGGAGUAUCAAUCGCGCAGCCUCUACUCGAUCCUGAUUGCCGUCUGUCAUCCGUUGCAUCUCGGCAGCAAUGCCGGUAUGCCGGACCGGAUAUGUGUACCGUGCAAAACCAAACUGCUGGCCGCGUACGAGCUGUACGAUAUGUGCCUGCGCAACGACGAGAUGCUUCGCCGAAAGUACCAGGAAAAGUUGCUGCUCGCAUCCAGUGCUGCUGGCGGUGGUGGCGAAAUGCGCCGUAUCAAGAAGGAAAAGCUGGACAAUAAUGGCGUUGAUGCGAUCGGGGAUGACGGGGAUGAGGAGGACUAUUAUCGUGGAGGUAUCUCCAAACGUGGUUCUGUGCAAAUGAACGAACAUGACGAUUCUUAUCUGUACGAUCGCCAAUAUCCGCUGCAUGCGGCCAGUACCGCGCGCAGGAACUCUACCAUCGCAGCCUUGCAAUCUCGUUUCCAGCAGCAGCAACAAACUCCCGGCAAAUGGGGCAAAUAUCAUCGGCAAUCGCAACUUUCCAGUGCCCCGAGCCAUCUGCGCAUACAGCAGGUCGCCAACGGACCGUCAGCAUUGCGUCAAAUGCACGACGGCCGAAGGAAGCAAUCGGCCGUCCGUUCACCGGCAAUCUACGAUUACAACUCAUUCCACAGAGUACUGCCAAAUGGGAGCCACCAGUGCACGAAGUGCUUCCGCGAGUUCAAAUACCACAGCUACUACAAGAACCACUACAUCAGCCAGCACGAUCCUAGCAAACCGUUCAAGUGCCGCAAAUGCCACUACACCUUCCUUACCGAGCGGUGGUUGAUCGUACACAUGCGGACACACAUUGCGUCGGGUGAUAUGAUGACGAUCAAUAGCGGCGGUGGCGCGAUGGGUACGGAUUCCGGCACGAUGGAUUCGUUUGAUUCGUCCAUGGACGGCAGCAUGGAACGGCGCAAAGGUGUACGCGGCUUUGAAUGUUAUUACUGUGACAUGUCGUUCCCAGCAAUUACGCUGCAAAAGCGACACAUGCUGGCGGUGCAUGCGGAUAAACAUCGUGGACUGGAGUGUCCGAUUUGUCAGUGCCGUUUUGCAAAUCAGUCUAGCUUCCUGUUGCACCUGCAGGAGCACAAGGAUCAAAAGCGAAUGCGCAGCAACGAGAAACAGGAGGGUAGUGGUAAUGAUCCGCAGACGAAGGGUGACGAUGCAGCUGGUGUGCAAAUUAAGCGGGAACAUAUUUGUGCCGUUUGCACCAUGUCCUUUGGGCGCGAAGCGUUGCUGUACGAGCAUAUGCAGGAGCAACAUCAGGACGAAUUUUUAGCUCUGAAUAUGGAACAGGCUUUCAUGUGUGGCGUUUGUUUGACGGAGUUUACUGAUCGUGCCGCGCUGGAAAACCACACGACCACUACGCACACUGCGGCAGAGCUGGCGGAAGCCGCCAGUAAGGAAAAGCCAGAAGCAGAUACACCGGAAGCGGAAGGUAAGGAAGGAACAUUGGUGGAUAACAUCAAAAAGGAAGAAGAUAGUAAUACGGACGAACCCGACGAAGGUGUCGAGGCUAAGAAGCAAGUUUCGGACGACGAAGCCAAGACAGUCGAUAAGGCACCGGAAGGAUGUUCGGUCGUAUAUAAGUGCAAGCUGUGCCAGGCGCGCUUCGUAACGAAAAGUUCACUGCUUUCGCAUCUGGAAACGCAUGUGGCAGCGAUGAAACGCACUAGCGGUAAGCGACCGUACGGCGAAGCGAUGGAAAAUGAUGGAGCGGACAUGGGCGAUAGUGUGGCCGACGAUGAAGAUUAUAGCGGCGAGGAGGACGACGAGGAUGAUGAGGAUGCGACUGAGGGUGCAGAAAAGCGCCCCAAGCGUUCCAAAACACAAGACGACGAUGAUGAUACGACGGAAGAUAUGCCGAUCGAUCCGGACGAGAUUUCGUUCAAUCCAGACACGGGCGAGCAGAUAUUUACGUGUCAGGUGUGCGGCAAGGUGAUUAACACGGUGUCCCAGUUCCGGCGUCAUAAGCGUGUUCACUCGCCGAAGGGUCGCCCCUUCGAGUGUCACAUUUGUUUCUAUCGAUUCGCAAUGAAGUACAGCUACACGGCACAUAUGUUGCGGCACGAACUCGGUUGCAAUCCCACCCAGCCCACAACCUACCGUUGCUCGAAGUGCUCGGAGACUUUCACUCGCCGAAAAUUGCUUAGCCAGCACAUCGCGGCAAUGCAUGGACGAUGGUCGGCAGCGUCGGGUAGCUCGAUGUAUAGCGCCGGCAUUAAUGCAGGCAUGUCGAACCAUGGUGCGAAUGUUUCGGCCCGCGCAUCUUUGUCGCAUAUGGGUGGUACGUCAGGAAUGACUAGUGGCGGCAGUGGCAGAGGCACUCACACCUGCCCGAUCUGUUCAGAAUCAUUCACCCGGGAGAGCGUGCUGAAUGGUCACAUGAAGACACACAACCUAGAGGCGGCUCAGAUGUUACACUCGGAAGUCUGUUACCUGUGCCGCGUCUGUAGUAAAGAGUUUGAAUCUCGCGAACUUUACGAAGCGCAUGCAACCGAAGCUCAUCCCGGUAUGAAAAUGGAACUUAUUGAGUCGGGUGUUGCUUCGGACGAACCGGCGGAGGGUGCGGAUGCGCUAAUGAAUGCUGCCGGAUCGGGUCAGGAUGGUACGGACGGGUCAUUGAAGAAUAAAGAACGCACCAUCAAGGGCGAGGUUGGUGCAGAUGAUGAGAUAACAGGGCAGGGUGAAGAGGAGGAGGAGGACGAGGAUCACAAAAACAGCUCCCAGAACGGUGGAUUUACCCUCAUCUUCAAGUGCAAACUGUGCUCGGGACGAUUCCUGAAGAAGAAAUCACUCGACUGGCACUUGCAAACACAUCGGUCGAUUGCGAAACAGGGUGACGGCGUGGCUAUCCUUCCAGACAUUGGCCCAGACGCGAUCGCUGACCCUCCGAAGAUGAGCAAGUGUACAAUUUGUGGACAGAUAUUCGACAACGAGAUCCUUUUCCUCGAGCACAUGCGCACGCACCAGAGAGGUCAGCGCCCGAUGCAUAUGGGAUAUGUUUCACAAUCGCCUCCGACUCAAAGGCGCAGACGAACGGGAGGACGAAGCAUCAUCCAGUGCGAACUGUGCAAGAAAACUUUCAUGUAUCGUAGCCAGUUACAUCAGCAUACCAUGCUCCAUCAUCAGCCGGGCAAACCAUAUGAGUGCAAAGUGUGUCACUAUAGUUUCGUCCACAAAUUGAACCUGAAGCGCCACGAGCUAACCCAUCUUCGAGAACCGCCUCGGCCACAAAUGCUCGAUCAGGAGCAGGAUCAGGACGAUCAGCUGGAUAAUUCGCACCUGUUACAACCGCUGGUACUGAUGGAUGGGCCGGAUGAUGACACAAACGGAGGCGGUCGGCAAACCGAUCAGGCGGAUGGUAACGGUGACCAACUGUCCGGAUCGGUUGGCGCAAGUGGACGCACAUGGAAAAAGUUCAAGUGUGUUGUUUGCUCGCUGGUGUUUACGAAACAGGAAGAACUCGUCGUGCACCUGCAGACACAUAUCGAGCGCAUUAACGAGGCAAAGAGUCGAGGCACUGCGGCAGCAAACUUAUCGACGUCAUCAGCAUCGGUGGAUAUAGGAAUCGCUCCCACCGAUCGACAAUGCAAGUUGUGUCACAAGGUGUUCAAGUUCAGCUGCCAGUUGAAGCAACACCAUCUGUUGCAUCAUGCGCGCGAAAAACCGUUCGAAUGCCGCACCUGCCACUAUCGGUUCGAGUUCAAAGGUCAUCUGGUGCGACAUCGGGCCAACCAUCAUCCGAACGAGGCCAAGGAGGAUCACAGUAUGGACAUGUCGAGCUCUUUCUUAACGUCCACUCCUCUCCGUGGAUCGUCCGGUCGUGGGGGAAACUAUGGGGAAGGUAGUAGCCAAAAUGUGCCAAAGUAUGGCGGUUUGGUAACGGACGAUGUAAUUAUUGCCCCGACCACCUCAUCCCCACGCUCGGAAAGCGGGUCGGCUGGUGUACCUACUCACCAGUGUCCGAUGUGUUCGCUGAAGUUCAUCAAGGCGCGCUCGCUGGCCAUGCAUAUGCGGAUACAUCUCGGUGGGCGUAAAUUGCGCCGCGUCAUACCGGCAUCAACGGCGGAGCCGUCACCACCGGCGGACGCAAUCGGAUCCGAUAAGCUGGUGUGUCGUAUCUGUGCAGGAACUUUCCCAACGGCACACGAGCUGAAGACGCACAUGAUGACGCAUAUUGGAAGCGAAGCAAUGGAUCUUGAGGUUCCGUUCGGCAUCAGUGCGUUCAACAUGCUGCACGAGAAUAUGUUUAACGAUUCGAUGGGAGGUGGAGGAGCGGGUGGAUCGGCCGGAGGGAUGGGAGGCGGCCCAGAGGAUCAAAGCAGUAUGGGUGGCGAAGGAGGUAAUAACAACCGGACGGAGGGCGGAAGUACCGAUGGUGAUUAUCAUCAGGAUGAUGGUGAAGAUGGUAGCGGAGGCGAUCCGUUGUUCGACAGUUCGAAUCUAGAGCUCGUCCUAGAUGAUAAUAUUCUCGAUAAGGACUUCAACAUGCGAUAUCAGCAGCAAAAGCGCAGAGCGACGAAGACAGGCCACAACAACGGUGAAGGGGGAGAGGAUGAAGCGGAAGAUGACGAUGAUGAUGAUGAGAACGAGGACGAUAUCACGGACACGAACGACGGGGAUGGUGGGGUCGGCGAGGAUGACGACGAAGAGGACGAAGGCGAACAGUCGUCCGCAUCGACCAUGGCCAGCUUUCAACGUAACAUGAAUCUGAUGGCGACGCACCGUUCACGUCUUGCUGCGUCGGCCGCAUUAUCAGCACGCCUGCAAGCAACACCGUCCGCAUCUUCCUCGCAAUCGUCGUCAUCGAACAAGGGCAAAAUUGUGUGCGAGCUGUGCAAGAAGGAGUUCCUGUACCCAUGCAAUCUCAACCAGCACAAGCAGCUACAUCAUUCGAAGGAUAAACCGCACGAGUGUCGUGUUUGCCACUAUCGGUUCGAAUACGUCGGACAUCUGCAACGGCACAUCCGGCAACAGCACGAAAAGAUGGCGGAAGAACUAUUGACACCGGCGGAACCGCAAACGUUCGAUUGUACCUUCUGUGGCGAAUCGUUUGAUGCAAAGCCUAUGUUAACCGCUCACGUUCACACAAUGCACAGAGGUGAGAAGCCGUUCCAGUGUGACAAGUGUCCGGCAACGUUUAGUUAUAAGAAAUCAUACGAAACUCACCGAGAAGAACAUUACUUAAAAGCCAGUAAUGGAGCCUUCAAGUGUAGUUUCUGCAAGAAAACUUUCAACAGCGCACAAAAAGUAGACAACCAUGUUUGCAUUCAAUAGUGACACCGGAAAAUAGAACACCACUAUACAAAGUAAUAACAUAAUGAAGCAAUGCUGACGAUUUACGCUUAAAAUCGCCAGAUGAUGUAGGCAGUAAAUGUGGAAAAUGGGGGAGCGUAUAGGGCAAGGGGGGCUAACACAUACAAAAUAUAGCAGCUAUAACGUAUCUUUUUACACACAUACUCAACACAUAUGCGCAGAAGGAGUGUAUGUUUAGCUUGUAGUAAGAAAAGAAAAAAAGUAUUGUGUAAGUAAAAUCAGGAUAGAAAGUAUAUAUAUAUAUUAUAUAAAUAUAGUAGCAAAGCAAACAAACAAAACAUACAGUAAUAACAUUUGCAGGAAUAUAAAUCGCCUAUAAGCCGUCAUAGGGGAAGGAAAUGUGUAGAGAACAACAACAUGUAGCUUGUAAGGGAACGAAUCAAAACAACACAUAUAACAAACAUAACAACAAACACCCACAAAACUCAGAUGUAGAAAGGAACGAAAACAACAAACUAGUGCAGUUGGUAGGAAUCAUAAUGAACCCAGUAAUUGAUACAAACGAUUUAGAAAAAAAGAAUAUCUUGAAAGUGAAGAACAGUAAAACAUCCAUGCAAGGUAGUAGUUCAAAUUGUUUAAACCUAUUCCUACUUAUAAUUGUAAUGUUAUGCACGAUACUGUAGGGAGAAUCGAUCGAACAAGUGCAUUCUAUAUCUAGCUCGUGUUCUUAAACGGAUCGGAUGGAGCAGCAACACAUCACCGAUAGAUUUAAAUCUUAACAUGAAAGAGUAAUUAGUACGUAAGUGCAAAUGUAGCAUGCGCAUAUAGUCCAACACAUACACCUAAACCGCAUCUGCAUGCAAAGGCACAUCCUGCAACUAGGCUGCACCUUUCGGGGGUGUUAAACAGAAUGCAUUUGUUUCCGCACGGUGUCACUAGUUCGUUGGAUUCAGUUUUAGUGCGGAAUAGUGCGUUAAAAGUGGGAAAAAAAUAAGGAAACAAAGCGCGUAGAAGGAAAUGGUUGCGCAUGUUUGCAGAAAAAUUGCCAAAAGCGUGGCGUUUUUAAGUUUUUCCCCAAAUUGCAAAGCAUAAUGAUAGUUGGACUGAUAGAGAAAUCUUUUCGCCUUUUUAUGGCAAUCCGUUUAUGGUUUUUGAAGUGUUUAAAAUUGCGAUAAACUGUCGAGAGCAAUAGGUUGUUUUAAUUAGAGUAUUACUUUUACGUAAUUUUCCUUCAGCAAGAGUUCGCACGAAAAAUGACUUUGGUGUGGCGAUAUAAUUAUAUCCGUCGAGCCGCUUAAGGUCGAUGUGAGUUGCAUUGUAUUUGAAUGCUUAUUUUAUUACUCAUUUUACGCUAACUUAAACAACAUAAUACUAGUUGGCUUCAACAUUUUUUUAUCUUUGUUUAAUUUUAAAACAAACAAAAAAACAGCUCGUUUUAUCUUUAGUAUCUGCAGAAGAUAUCAUAGUACUAUGGUAGGUAGAAGUAGUAGUAGUAAUGGUAGUAUUAUUACUACACCCAGUCCCUCUGCUUGCUGGUGUGCUGUUGGACAUAGUGGUAAUGGAAAGUAUUUUUUCUUCUUUUAUUUUAUCUCAUUUUUGUACCAUGUUUAAACAUUAACUACGUUCGAUGCAGCGUGUGGAACCUUCUGAAGCACGUUUUGAACCCGCUUUUUGUAAUUGGUGGCCAGCCGGAGACGUAUGCAGGUGCAAUUAGCUAACGUUUAUUGAUUUUAAUCAUGUACUUUGUCCAGAAUCAAUUUGUAAAAAAAAAGCAAACUAAUGAUGCGAAACAAAAAACAACAAUCUACUAGCA